AUCCGCUGCCGACGCCGCGAUGCUCAAGUUCCUGCGCCGCACGUUCGGGCGGCGUUCGCGUCGCUCGCAGCCCGUGGUGGAGCGCGACUCGCAACGCGCGCAGGUGCACAUCCCCGCCGCGGCGGGAGCCGGCCGCGCCACGCUCACCUGCCGCGUGGCGCUUCUCGACGGCGGCGACGUCAGCGUGGACCUGAGCAAAAAGGCAAAGGGUCAAGAGUUGUUCGACCAGAUCAUGUACCACCUGGAUGUGGAAGAGACCGACUACUUUGGCCUGCAGUUCAUGGACUCAGCACAAGUGCCGCAUUGGCUGGAUAACACAAAGAGUAUAAAGAAACAAGUGAAAAUCGGCCCUCCCUACUGCUUCCAUCUGCGUGUCAAGUUUUACUCAUCAGAGCCAAACAACCUGCGGGAGGAACUCACCAGAUAUCUGUUUGUCCUGCAGCUGAAACAGGACAUUCUCAGUGGCAAGUUAGAGUGCCCCUUCGACAUCGCCGUGCAGCUCGCUGGGAUUUCUCUCCAGGCUGAGAUUGGCGACUGUGACCCCGAGGAACAUACGGCAGCUCUAGUGUCAGAGUUCCGCUUCGUGCCAGGCCAGACCGAGGACAUGGAGAUGGCUGUCUUUGAUACGUGGAAAAGUUGCAGGGGCCAGAUGCCAUCGCAGGCGGAAAUCAACUACCUUAACCGAGCCAAGUGGCUGGAGAUGUACGGUGUGGACAUGCACGCUGUCAAGGGACGCGAUGCCAACGAUUACACCCUCGGCCUGACACCAACUGGAAUAUUGGUGUUUGAAGGAAAGACAAAGAUUGGCCUCUUCUUCUGGCCCAAGAUCACGCGUUUGGAUUUUAAGAGGGACAGGCUGACGCUGGUCGUUGUGGAGGAUGAUGAGCAGGGCAAGGAGAACGAGCACAAGUUUGUGUUCCGCAUGGACCACCCCAAGGCCUGCAAGCACCUGUGGAAGUGCGCUGUGGAGCACCACGCCUUCUUCCGGCUGCGUGGCCCAACACAAAACGCCAAAGAGAGGCAGGACUUCAUCCGCAUGGGAUCGCGCUUCCGCUACAGUGGGCGUACUGAGUACCAGACAACAAGGAUGGGCAAGGCACGCCGCUCCACCUCAUUUGAGCGCAGGCCAAGCAAGCGUUAUUCCCGCAGGCCUUCCUUCCAAAAGUUUAACGCUGUGCAAAGAAUUCCUCCAAAAAGCAUUACGACUGCUACAGCAAAUAAACAGGCUGGGUCCUCAUUCCCUGAGGUUGCAUCUCUGCCUGCAGGAGGCAUGCACCUCGAAUCCAACCAAAUGGCCAGCAACCCUCGCGGCCCCUCUGUGACCCCAGGCAGCAGCGACCUGCCCGUCACGGCCAAUGACGACGCCAACGACGCCGCCGACGCCGUCGCCUCCGCUGUUGCCGCGGAGAGGCUCGUGCCGGGCUGGUUCCCCCAUCGCGUGGCUUCACCCACCAAGCCGAUGGCCGCAGACCCAGGCUAUGAGGAGGCAGCUGCACGCCUCAAGCAGCUUGAGAUUGAGAACAGCCCAGCGCGCCCGGCCCGCAACCCACUCGACAUUAACGUCAACAACCUGGCGGUGGAUAAGGUGAAGUUAAAAGAGAAGACUUUGAACACCUUCCCAGCAGCCACGGGCUCUCCCUCUAUUCCUCUGUCCAACCUUAACCCAAUCUCGUCGGUGACCAUUGGUGCCUCAAACAACCAGGGCACCAUCCAGGCCGCCUCCUCCGACACUUGGCACGAAGACGGCUCACGCACGGUGCAGCCCAAUCCCUCCAGUCCCAUCCCUCCGCACGCCUUCAGCUCUCUGCUCUGUUCGCCGGCGGGAGCCUGGCCUCCCCCUGGUCUCUUCAUUGCAAACCCAGGGGCGGGUGCACCCUGCCUCUCUCUGGACCCGUCGCUCAAGAGCAACAUCCUGAAAGCGCAGGUGGAGGCCGUGCUGCGUGAGAGCGGCAAGGUCACGCAGGAUGAUAUUAAUAUUUCACGUCGGAGCACGCAUGACCAAGGGGAAGCGUUCCGCCGUCUAGGUCCAGCACACAGCAGCCUGCCUGUAGCGGGCGCACGAGACACGGAGGAGUCUGGCCACGGCGUUCGAAAGAGCAAAUUCCCAAGCCAGCAUAUCACCGAUGAGACCUGUGAUGGGACGAGCCAACUGCCUGUCCCCAAUGGAGGCAGUGGCUGCAUCAACCUGGCAGACCAGCCGAUCAUCACCAGCACCCCGGCAAAACCGUUGCCCAGCUUCCUAAGCCCCAGGCUCCUGGGCUCGGCAGUGGAGACACUCGUGGAUGUGAGCGACACAACACCUCUGAUUCCUGACGUGCCCAGCAACCUCGUGAAAUACCUGACUCCUCAUGCAACAGUGAAGUGUGCCGGGGAUAGUGUGCCACUGACUGCAUGCAAGCCGGGCAUGCGGAGCACCGUGCUGCUCGAGACAAGUUUUGGCCCUGUGACGAGGAGCAUCCCGGCGAUGCUCGGGAAAGACCCUGUCCACGAACUCCCUCCCAGGGUCUCUGAAGCCAGCAGUGGCCGGGACAGGCCAGGCUCUACCAGCACGAGGAGGCUGCUGACCACGGAACUGUGACAUCGACGAGGCGGCUCAGACACGGGACCCUUCACUUGACGCAUUGCUUGACGAUAAUUACGCCUUCCGAAAAGUGUUACAAGUCUUUAAAUUUAACUGUAAAAAAAACACGUUUUCCCCAGUCCUAAUAGGCGAGUGAUAAUUACUUUUUUGUGUGACGAAAAUUGCUUCCACCUGCACAAUGUGGACUGCUCUUAUUUACCCAGACCACUGCAAUGCUCAGGUAAAUUUUACUUGCCCAUGGUUCCAUGGAAAAACAUUCAUUUGUAGAUCAAACUGUCCCGAUGAUUAUGCUUUCGCAGGAGGGUUCUAUAUUGUCUCAAGAGUUUGUGUUUUUAUUAUUCCCCACUGCUCAAUUGCAGGGAAUAUUUUGAUGUUGCUGUUUGUGGUGUCUAUCACACCAACAGCUACACCAGGUCUGGGAGACUGAAGAAGUGAUUGAGCUUUGUUUUAUUGCCCAAGUGUGUAUUCAUGCUUAUUGAUUUCCCCUUUCAAUAUGGCUUGUGCUGAGUCCUGACCUCAGCCCACCUUGACAAAUAGCCCUCAAAAGGUCAAUUUAAGAAUGCCUGACAUAAUUACAGGUCGCGUUAAAUGGUAUUUUUUGUUAGAAAAUGUCAUGCAGGUGAAGCUUGUGUUAAUUGCCUGUAGUUAGUAUUCUCUAAAUAUAUGAUUUUUGUUAUUUAAGUAACAUUCGAACAUAUAGAAGUAUGUACCUGAUGUCACUUAAAGUGGGUUGCACUUGCAGAUUGUUUUCUGACAGCUGUGUUUUGCGACAUCUCCAGGUGCUUGGUUACGUGAUUUAGCGCCUUAUAAAUGAAAGUUGUAUUAGCAGAAGAUGUGAAGAAGCACAAAACUGAUUGAGCAUCAUUCUUUUAUUGGAUUCAUUCCUCAACUGAACUGUGGCGAAUAUGAUUGAGCAAAAGAUGUCAGAUUAUAUCAAUCCUCGGGCUGCUGAAGAAAUUUUUUUCUCGAGCUCACGAUCCACGUGGCCAUUGGCUGUAAAUGCAGUAGGUUUUUGGGCUUUUCAGAGAAAGUUACUACCUUUUAAAAUUACUAAUUUUAAAUUACAUGUCCACUUCAAUUCUAUUCAACUCUAAGUUUGAAACAUUUCUAACUCCAUUGAUUGUAUCUUUCCUAACCGGUCUUGUAAUAUAGUCUAUAUAGCACACACCUGUUUUUAGUCCAAUGCACUUUUAGAAAAUGUGAUUUUAUACGAAAAUGUACCCUCGAAAAAUCACUUAUUUUAUAAAUGUCAAGUGUUAUGUAUUUCUAAUGCACAUUUUACCUAUGGCUUGUGUACUAUGUUAAUCACAAGUUCAGUUUAUCUACUGUAAAGCAUAAUUAUUAUUUUUAUAUAUUGUAUCACUAAUUUCCACUGUAGUUGCUUUAAAAAUGAAUGAUUAAAUAUCAUGGUUCCAGA